GGGCGGGUGUGUGCGGCGGGGCCAAUCAGAGGCGCCCACGAUCCAGCCCGGAGAAGUUGGUGCUGUCGGGCCGCUGCCGCUGUCGCCGCGGGGGUCGGCGGAGAUGGUGUCUCCCGCGGCCUCUGCCGGCCGCCUGGGCUCCGCGCUGCCAUUCCUGCUCGUGCUCUUCGACCUGCAGUACCAGGGAGCUGAAUGUGGAAUAAAUGCAGAAGUAGAAAAACAGCUUGAAAUGGGAAAGAAGUUAUUGGCUGCUGGGCAGCUAGCAGAUGCUUUGUCUCACUUUCAUGCGGCUAUAGAGGGAGACUCUGAUAACUACAUUGCUUAUUACAGAAGAGCCACAGUGUACUUAGCCAUGGGCAAAUCUAAAGCAGCAAUUCGUGAUUUAAGUAAAGUGGUCGAAUUAAAGGAGGACUUCACUUCUGCAAGAUUGCAGAGAGGACACUUACUGCUCAAGCAAGGAAAAUUUGAUGAAGCAGAGGAUGACUUCAAAAAUGUGCUCAAAUCCAGUCCUAGCAAUAAUGAGGAAAAAGAAGCCCAGACUCAGCUGACAAAAUCUGAUGAGCUACAGCGCCUGCAUUCACAAGCAUUAUCUGCCUACCAGCAAGAGGAUUACGAAGCUGCUAUUUCUCUUCUUGAUGAAAUCUUGGCAGUUUGUGUUUGGGAUGCAGAGCUACGGGAACUUCGAGCUGAGUGUUAUAUAAAGGAAGGGGAACCAAGCAAAGCCAUUAGUGACUUGAAAGCUGCUGCCAAAUUAAAGAAUGAUAACACUGAAGCCUUCUAUAAAAUCAGCAGAAUAUAUUAUCAGCUGGGGGACCAUGAAUUAUCACUCAGUGAAGUCCGGGAGUGUCUGAAACUGGACCAAGACCAUAAGCAAUGCUUUUCUCUCUAUAAGCAAGUAAAGAAACUCAAUAAGCAGAUCGAGUCGGCAGAGGAAUUAAUCAGAGAAGGCAGGUAUGAAGAUGCUAUCAGUAAAUAUGAAUCUGUAAUGAAAACUGAGCCAGAAGUCCCAGUUUAUGCUACUCGUGCCAAAGAAAGGAUCUGCCACUGUUUAUCAAAGAAUCAGCAGGCUACAGAAGCCAUAAAAGCUUGUACAGAAGUUCUGCAGCUGGAACCAACCAAUGUGAAUGCCCUGAAAGACAGAGCGGAAGCUUAUUUGCUGGAAGACCUGUAUGAAGAAGCUAUUAAAGACUAUGAGACUGCUCAAGCCAAUAGUGAAAAUGACCAGCAGAUUCGGGAGGGGCUAGAACGUGCCCAGAGGAUGCUGAAGCAAUCACAGAAGAGGGAUUACUAUAAAAUCUUAGGAGUAAAAAGAAAUGCUCGAAAGCAAGAAAUCAUAAAAGCUUACAGAAAGCUGGCAUCCCAGUGGCACCCUGAUAACUUCCAGAGUGAGGAAGAAAAGAAGAAAGCAGAGAAAAAAUUCAUUGACAUAGCAGCUGCUAAAGAAGUCCUCACUGACCCAGAAAUGAGGCGGAAGUUUGAUGCGGGAGAGGACCCACUGGACGCAGAGAGUCAGCAGGGUGGGGGCAACCCUUUCCACAGGAACUGGAACACAUGGCAAGGAUUCAACCCCUUUGGUUCUGGAGGAGGACCAUUUACAUUCAAAUUUCACUUCAGUUAGAGCCAAGACUGUUUUGGUGGCUGCUGGUGGUUUUUUACUUAAUUCAUUGAGAAAUAAAAAGUCUCUCAGUUCAA